AUGACGCAUCAAAGGGCUUUCAUAGAUCCCUCAUCUGGUAACCUAUCUUUCUUAUUUUACUUUUUCUCUAUUUCCUACUACUUUCUGCAAUUAUUGAUAUUUUGCAGCCUUGACUGACCUCAGUUCCUAUAGCCACCAGUCUGUACAAGGCUUUGUGUUGGAAUUCUUGGUGUGUAUGUGUCAAUAUAUAAUGACUACACUUUAGAGAUGAGUAGUUAUAACCAGGUUUGAAAUUUUCUUUGAAUUCUCAUUUUAGUAUUUAAACCAUGUUAGUGAAGCCUAUAAGGGAGAACAAGGGGUAAAUGACAUUUGGAUUAAUAGGGUGGAGAGUUUAUUAAUCCUUGCUUUGGCACGUAUUGUUUUAGUCCUGUCUUUGGCACGUAUUGUGUUAGUCCUUUAACACAGUAAAGGAGUUUAAGCAUGCGUGGGAUAGGCAUAAGGCUAUCCUAACUAUAAGAUAAGGCCAGGGACUAAUGAAAGUAUUUAGAAAAUUGGGCAGACUAGAUGGGCCGAAUGGUUCUUAUCUGCCGUCACAUUCUAUGUUUCUAAAUUUAUUUUUUUUUUUUUUAAAUUCUUUAUUUUAUUUGUGCAUGAAAUGAGAGCAAGCAUGCAGAGCCACGACAGCCGCUGCAAGCAGUUUCAAAGGGUUACAUUUCGUGGCAGGUUAAACAGCACCGUUUUUUAUUUUUUCCAUGAAGAUAUCAAGCUAUAAGACAUUUGUGAUAUGCAGUGUACAUGCUAGGCUAAAUGUGUACUUGUCAAGGAUGAUCUCGCUCAGUGUCACAUUGAGGUGUUUAUAGCUUUGACCCCUUGGCAGGUAUGCAGGUUCUCGCUUGGAUGAUUACAUGUGACUUCGUAUGAUAUGCUGCAUUGUGGUUGCAGUGUGUUGUGCGUUGCUAGUAUGUCAGCAAUACCUAUAUGAGUGUGUGCUCAUGAGUGCCAUGUAGGUUUUGUGUACACAGGGUUGUUAUGCUAAACAACAUACAUUACAAAUCAUAGAUGAGGUCUGAGUAGGUCGCUUUGGUAGUUUUCACCCGGGUGUAUCGAGGGGGUGUUCCAGGCUCUCUCCAUGGGAAAGGGCUGGCUUCAGGGUGGUCUCGAGCCCACAUAGACAGGGGCAGUCCCGUAAUUAUCCGAUACCUGCUCUGCUACUUUCAUAUAGCAUGGAGCUAACGUCCCUCAGAGCAGGCAUCAUGGUAUAGUCCAUCCAUGCUGUACUGUAGGGCCCUCGCCGGAGUCUUUUGGGUAUCAGCCGCUCAUUGUGGAGCCUGCCACUGUCGAUCGUCCUCGGGUUGGUGUCAUACCCCGCCGGUAUCUCGGCGUCCGCUGCUUGAUUGUGCUGUUGUCUGGGUAGUGGUAGUGCAAGCUGGGUGGCAGGUGAGUGCGAGGAGAGUCCUUGUGUGAGGGUAGCUCGCUUGGCGGCAAGCCCCGAUGUCCACGGCGGGAGUGAUCGUGAUGCGAUGUUCCGUUCCCCUAAAGCUUUCGCUAUGAGCCGCUCAUCAGGGUCUCUUGUGCCGCUAAUUUUCGGCCUAUGUGGCUGCAGGAGUAGGUGGUGGUUUAUCCGCUCCUCCCUGUUGCCAGGUCGGGGUGACGGAAUCCCGUUGUGUGCCGUGGGUUCGGAAAUGGUGCAGGAUUUCUCCAUACCUCCCGCGCACAUGGUGCCCGCCAUCUUGAGAGCCACUCUCGGGUCCCCUGGCUCCAUGUGUGUAGUCUUGAAUAGGGCCCCAGGGUGAGGACCGGGAUCACCCCCACCGGUCCGGGGGGGGGGGGACAGGUCCGGAUCCACCUGGAUUUGUGCCUCAAGCUGGGUACUGUGGUGCAGGACAGUGGGGCAGCGGCCGUCCGCCCCACUCACCGCCGGAGAAGGCCCCGUGGCAACGAGGAUAUCUCCUCCCGGGGACUGUAGCUCGGUGAGCCAGCCUCUCCCAGGGUCCAGCAGUCUCUGCGCUCUGGGCACUGUCACUGGUGGUCAGUUGGAAGGCAGUAAUACAUGGUUUUUCAGAGUAUUUGUCGAUAUUUUGCAGGAGCAGCUCAAGUUUGCAACCGUCCAGCUCGGCGGUCCAGCCCCGCCCCCGUUUCUAAUUUAUUUAAGUAAUAAAGAUGCUGCUAUCCCAGCUUGGCUAGUUCAGCUUCAAUUUUGCAAUUUAGAUUUUAAUUAAUUAUAAUUUACUGUUUACUAAAUAAACUGCUUAGCUUUACAGCAACUAUUAGUAUUUUGUGCGCACUUAUGUACUUGCACUCUCAGGGCUAUGAGUAUGUGAUACCCACUUCUGAAUUUACAUGAAAUACUGGGUUCUGCGAAAACAGCAUUGCAUUUAAUGCAGAUCAAAAUAGACUCAAAAUAAAUAUGCAUUUAUAUAUUUGUGUUUAUUUGUGUUAACUUAAAAAAUGGAAGGGGGUGUCGCUAAUUAGAAGACAUCAUAUAUACCUCAAAUUAAAAACAUGCAUUAAUUUGGCAUUAUAUAUCUAAAAAAAGCUUGUAAAAGCUCCAGUUCUUAUGACUGAAGCCUUUGCAAGCCCACCCUCUUUUGCUCUGUUCAGGAGGAAUGCUGGUCUGUCAUGGGAGCUAACGGAAGAAGGAAGCAAACCUCCCUGGCUGUUUGAUUGACAGCCAGGAUAGUUUUCAUAAAUAGCUAUAAAUUGGCAGUAUUAUAAACUAGGUUUAAAAUAGGAUACUUCUUACCCAUAAAGUACUUCAGCAAGCUGUGGUCCUUUAUUUAUUUAAAUUUUUUAUACAAGUGCAAAAACUUUCACUAUAACAUAACAUGAAAAGUGAAGCUCGCAACAUGAUUAGUACAUAAUGUGGUAGGAUACAUAUGUACAUUUAAAGGGGAAACACCACCCUGUAGUAUACGUUACACACACACAACUUGGACAAAGUUAACAGAUCCAACCAGGAAAUGAACUUCCCAGCAGCCUGACAGACAGCACUGAGAGGUUGGGUUAGAGCUUUGUCCUUUUUACAUAUCGCUGCAGUUAUGCUCUCUGCACCAUCAGUGUAGCGGAUGGCACUGAGCUGUCCUGAGAAUUUCAUGUAUUUUAAUGCAUUCGUGUGAAAACAGCAAAGUUCUAUGUAUUUAAUGUAUUGUAUUGGGUGAUUUUUGGAUAUGUUGUUCACCCAGAUCAGGGCUACCAGGGGAUGUAUGAUUUAAAGUGGUACCCCUAAGUUUAGGGGUACAUCCAGAAACGGGGGGAAUUGGUGUGCUGGAUAAGGGGAUUAUGAUGCAGGCUGAGGGGAGGAGAUGUGUGGGAGGUUACCAGAACAGGAUUGGCUACUGUACUAAUGAAUGAAAAUCCCUCCCUUUCAUGGGAGCAGGCUUUAAAAGGCCACUGUCUGAAUAAAGCUUGAGUUCUGCUCCUGAAACUGUGUGUCGUCCAGUUAUUGGGAUUGCUGUUGGGAUACUGCUGUUAUUUGGCCUGCUGGAUAUUUUACCCUAUGGAUUUAUAAUUGCUUGUUCCUGAACCUCCCUGGGAUUCAAAGUGGAGAUAGGCUGUGUAAUACCAGAUCUCCGCUACAAUCAGCUUUGCAACGAUGCAAAGUUGUUACUGUACUAAGAGUUUAUUCAUAGAGUCAGGUGACCAAUGAACCAAUGCAGAUGGGAUGUCUGGAAUACCCCAAGACAGAUGGGUUUUCCACAUUCAAACAAGGGGGUCUCUAGUUAAUAAUUAAGUCAUUUAAAAUAAAGGAAUAAAAUAUACAGUAAUUUUGCAGAGUGCAUAAAUGUACCUCAGAAAUAAAAUCACAGAGCUCCACAGAAAUAAAACCCACAGUAAUGUGCAGUGUGUACGAAUAUAUCAUUGAGCUUGUCCUGUCUGUAUGAAUGUGUGACAGAGCUUCCGUACUCCAACAGAGUACCUCCACCAAGUCAACUUUUAGGGACCUUGGAACGCUACAGCCCCAGUCUCUGAAGCUUGGCUGGGUCUCUCCGGACCUCUUCCAACCGACCAGGCUGCAGCUCUCUCCUUCCAGGCAGGUAUCCUCUUUCACAGGCAGGUAUCUUUAACUCUGCCUGCACUGUAAAUAGCUCUUGCCUUUAUAAAGGUACUUGCAGCUUUCCGACCUCCCUCUUUUUAAUUUUGUUCUAUGUUACAGGGACUAGGCAGCCAGCCAACAAAAACAAAGAUUAUUUUACUGUGAACAAAUUAGACACAGGACACACAGUUUCAAAAGGAACUUGAAUAACAAUUUUUUUUUUUUUUUGAAACCAACGAAUAGCCUUUGUGAACUAGUCCUUAAACAUGUGGUGAGAAACAUUUAAAAUACAAAUAAAUACAACAUUGGAGAACGAACAAUUAUAAUUAAUGUGAUGAGACCAAUCUCGCCACUGUGCAUUGGAGGAGCCUGGUUGCCCGCCUGCUGCAUUUAGACUAUGGCCCCAUGUUGAAACGCUUGAUUUUCCCCUGCAAAGACACGAAAGCCGGGUCAUUCGGUGCUUGCCCUGUUUGAGUGGUGAUACCCCAGAUAGCUGUGCCAUGGAGCCCAUUCGUAUAAUAAAAGACUAUGGGAAAGACUUUGGCUCCAUGGCAAUUGAACUGUAUGUGUGUGGUCUGAGCACCAUUCAGUAAUAAUGUGUGCUCAGACCUAAGCUAUCUGGGGAUAUGUUGCAUGUCUGUAUUUUAUGUAAUAAAUGUAACCUUGUGUAUUUUAUUGUAUUUUACUGUCUUUUUACUGCCAUGUGCUUAAUGGAGUUUUGCCUCUGUCCUUGGAGAUAAUUGGAUUACUUCCCAAUUAUCUCCAGGAUAGAAGGCUCUGUGGAACUGGUUUUGGGCAGAAAAGCCAUGCUUCCUGUGGUCACAAAGGCAUUCGAUCUAUCUUUUGAACCACUGGACCAAUUUGUAUGAUUUUGACGUAUGUUUGUAUUUGGAGUAUGCUGAUUCUGAAAAUAUUAGUUUUAUGUGAUGCAUACUUUUAAAGUUAUGAAUAAUGUGGAAAAACUAUUUCUCUGUCUGUGAUAAUUACAUUACCCAUUGUGUAAGGUAAUUGUAUCACAGGCAGAGGGGAGGAUUUUGUGUGGGAGUGUCUGAGUGUAUUGUAUGUGUUUAUUGGUUGUGUUCCAAAACCCUGUGGGUGGUACUAAUGUGUAUAUAAGAACAAUAAACCCACAGCUCUGUCUGUUCACUGCUUGACCCUCAACACGGAGCUUUGUCUCAUUCUUGGGGGGAUUUACUGUAUGCUGUUAGAGACUGAUUGCCAGGAGUGUAAGCCGCUUGGGUGCUUUUCCUGUUCAGCUGCUAGCAGCUAUUCGUGAGGUUCCAGUUUGGGAAUUUGCUACUUGGUAUCCUGUUCGGGAGUUUGGGGUUCUGCAGUAGCUGUGCCUGUGUCUCUGGAAGGAGAAGAUCUCCUAAACGGCUUUUAACCCCUUUUAUGCCUUGGGGUGCCGUUACAAUUAAUACAUGAACUAUAUAAUGCAAGUGACAUUUUCAAACACACUAAGCAAUAAUAUAACAUUUAAAGAGACACUCCAGGCACCCAGACCACUUCUGGCCAUUGGAGUGGUCUGGGUGCCAACUUCCACUACUCUUACCUGCAAGUGUAAUUAUUCUAGUAUUUUUAUAAACUUCAAUAAUUACCUUGCAGGGUUAACUCCACCUUUAGUGGCUGUCUACUAGACAGCCACUAGAGGGCACUUCCUGAUUCAUAGCACAGAAAACCUGUGCUAGAGCGUUGCUGGACGUCCUCACGCUGGGUGAGGCCCUCCAGCGUCGCUCAAUUCCCCAUAGGAAAGCAUUGAAAAGCAUUUGCAAUGCUUUCCUAUGGGGAGCUCUAAUGCUCAUGCGUGGCAUUGCCGCGCAUUCGCAUUAGGUGUCCCUGGCCAGUGGGCGGGAUCAGUCUCGCCCAUCGGCCGACGUAAUGCAGAGGAGGAGCAGCGGCGGAGAAAGAAGCAGUGACGUGGGACAUGUCGCUGCCUCUGGUAAGUCACUGAAGGGGUUUUCACCCCUUCAGCAACCGGGGAUUGGGGGGUGGGAUCCCACGUCGCUGCUUCUUCCUCCGCUGCUGUAAUAGUUAUUUGUCCCCCUCCUGCUUACCUUCUGUGCAGACAGGUGGGCAAUAAUUGCUCCCAUGGUGAUCCAGAGGGUCCCUUGUAGGCAGCUGGUUCAUUCCCUGGUGGUCCAGUGUGCUGCUAGUGGACUCUCUUGUGGUCCAGUGUGUUGCUGGGGCUGCUGGCGCACUGCCGCGCUGUCCGGGCGCUUUAUGAUGAUGUCAGAGCGCAGGCUGGGAACCCGGCGCCUGUGCUCUGACACUCACAGAGCGCUGGGACUGCAUGGGAGUGCAGCAGCCCCAGCAACACACUUUACCACCAGGGUCACCCUUUACAUGACAACUGGGCUGGAGGGGCAUUUUUACCUCCCCCCACGCCAUAACACGUGGCACCUAUUACGGACUAUUGUCGGAUUAGGCGCAGCAAGGGAUCAGUACCCCCUCGCUGUGCAGAAUCAUUUGAUAGUCCAAUAUAAUAGGCGAAACUACGGAACAGGACCGCAGGGCCUCACAUAAUGUCACUGCUCAAUUCUCUGCCAUUUAGGAGUGAAAUCUCUUUUGUUUCUGUUUAUGCAACGAUAGUCAGCUACACCUCCCCUAACUGUGACUGACACAGCCUGCGUGAAAAAUGGUUUCAGAUCUUACUUUAGAUGAUUUUAUCUCCUGCGCGGUUUAUUGAACUUUAAUCAUGCACAAAGCUCCUGUAUAAUCUAGCAGUAUAUUAAAGAACCACUAUAGUGCCAGGAAAACAUACUUGUUUUCCUGGCACUAUAGUGCCCUGAGGGUGCCCCCACCCUCAGGGACCCCCUCCCGCGGACUGGAUGGCGAGGAAAGUGGUUAAACUUACCUUUUUUCCCAGCACCAGGCAGGGAGCUCUCCGCCUCCAAUCCUCCUCUUCGGCUGAAUGUGCAUGCGCGCCAGGAGCUGCACGCGCAUUCAGCCGGUGUCAUAGGAAAGCAUUUACAAUGCUUUCCUAUGGACGCUUGUGUCUUCUCACUGUGAUUUUCACAGUGAGAAGCAUGCAAACGCCUCUAGCGGCUGUCAAUGAGACAGCCACUAGAGGCUUUGGAGGCUGGAUUAACCCAUUUAUAAACAUAGCAGUUUCUCUGAAACUGCUAUGUUAAUAAAAAAAAAGGGUUAAUCCUAGAGGGACCUGGCACCCAGACCACUUCAUUAAGCUGAAGUGGUCUGGGUGCCUAGAGUGGUCCUUUAACAGAGCAGGAGAAUAAAAAUGCUAUUUUAAACAGACUGUGCAAUAAAGAAAUUUUAACGUUAGAUUUCACUUUACAGGAAGUGUUUAGGAAGGCUAUGCAAGUCACAUGCAUGGAGGUAUGACUGGGAUUGCAUAAACAAAGUAAUCUAACUCCUAAAUGGCAGAGAAUUGAGCAGUGAGGCUGCAGGGGCAUGAACUAUACACUAAAACUGCUUCAUUAAAGAAACACAAUAGAGUUAGGAAAGGAAAUAGUAUUCUUAACACUUUAAUGUCCUAGUCAUCGUUCUGGUAAAACCUAUUUGAAAAAAAAUGUAUAGCUUUUAUAUUUUUAUUUAGGCAAACCUGCAAAAGAAUAGAUGUUGGAUCAGCACUAUAUGACCAAUUUGAAGCAAAAAUAAGUGUAGGGCUGCAACCUAUAAAUAUGAGGUUCCCUCACAAACCCUCAGAAAAGAAUAAAAGACAAAAAAUGAAAAUAGGUCGUGCCACAAUAAACAGUGAAAUAAAAUAGACUGCAGUAAUGUACUCACAUAUAUUGAGCAAAGCAAAAAUGUUUUCAAUAGUCCUGAUACUGAGUAGACAGGCAGAGGGUCAAGUUGACCUGCAGGAACUUGAAUAUGAUGUAAGUCUGAUUCGGUUAUAGGUCUUCAAAUGGUCGAGUUGUCUUGACUAAGGUUAAGGUAUGUGAACAUAAAAAGAAAAAGACUCCAAUAGUGCAGACUACAACGGACAAUAAACCGGAAGAAAUAAGACUUCACAGAAGGGUGGUAAUACACUCACCUAUUAAAGAGCUAGAACUAGCUCAGGUAUAACUGGCAUUCAGUGGCAUCGAUACCCCACUGAUAGGAUAUAGGUGUUGGUAAGCAGGAGAGGUCCUCGGUAUAGGGAAAAAAUAGAACCAAAUAUAGUGCUCAAUGAAGUGGAAAUCAAUCAAUAAAUUGAUUAUUUUGUGUAUCUGCCCCAGCCAAAUUAAAGAAACAGUGUGUGCACGCUCCCUGAAGUAAUUCACACCAGACACAAGUUUCAGGUUGAUGAAAAACUUGAGGAAAGUUUAUUCAGAGGGGAUGGCAGGUCCCUCUAAAAGCAGAAAUACAUCAUAUGCAUUGUCAGAGAUAACAUGAAAUAAUACAUCAUUAAUUGGUUAGGUGUUAAGUGGUUUUCUUAAUGCUAGACCUACUAGGGGUGAUGUCACUGGGACCAUGAGGGUCUCCCCCAGAUUCCAGCGCCAUCUUGUUACACAAGGUAGUUACUCGAUGUUAGGGGGGAAGCUCCUAGCGGCCAUUUUAACUAAUCACAUAAGUAGAAUAAUGCCUAUUACAGUUAGAUGAGUAAAUAGACAUUUUACUAGCUACAAAUUAUGUCAAUAUCUCAUUUCCACAACACUCACUGUAUAUUAUAUAAGACAGGUCAGUAUAGAAAAAUGAAAUACUCACAUUUGGAUGAGCAGGAUAUACUGCUCAAUAUGAUAGCGUAGGAGGUACUAUCCCCACCUAGGAUUCCUGAGCAGGUGAACGCUCCAAUGUGGUGGGUGACCAGGUUCAAAUAAAAUUAAUGUAAUAAAAUAAUAUCAUAAAAAAUAAUAAGAAAAAGGUGCAUGGCACAAUAUUCCUUUAUUAAUAACAUAUAAAAAUUAAAUUAAGAACAGCCAAAACGCAUUUCGCCACACAGGGCUUUAUCAACUGGCAAUAAAAACAACAACCUGGUCCAUGAAUGCUUUUAAAGGCUUUGCAAUCAUAUGCUAAUUAAAAUUUUGGCGCCAAAAUGACGUCGUUUACAUAAUACAUAUAAGCAAUACAAAACACAAAUACAAUGUGAACAAGGUAAUAUAAAAACUAAAUGCAUGUUUAAAAUAUGUUGAAGUAAUAAAAACAAGUAUUUUUCUAUAAGUUAAAAAAAAAACAGAAAAGGAUUUUGUUCGAAAAAACAAUCACGUGAUCACGCCAUAACGCAACCACAUGGUUAGCCCAAAUGCCUUUUGGGAAAGAUAUGCUGGAUAGGGGGGAUCGUGAAGAUUGACAAGCCCCCUAGUUUGAGUGGCACCAAGCACAUCGGGGCUGGGCGGGGCUUCCCCAUACACGUAAAGCGCAAUGGAUGCGUCUAUCCCCCGGCAGGGUGCCAAUUGGGGCUGGGCUUCCUCCAUUUCAUCGAACGUAGCAGUGCAUCAUGGGGAACGUAGUCAGCGGGCGGAACCCACCCGGAAGUGGAAGCGCUCCAUCUGAUAACCACUCCCUCCACACCACAAUACCACCAUGCAAAUGCAAAAAACAUUGGGCGGAUAUAUUAACUUAUGCUAAUGGCAACUGUAUUCAAAAUAAACAUAAACAUCCCAAAUAAAUUCAUUACUUUAAGAUAUUUUAAACAAAAUAAAUGACAACAGGGGGUGAGUGUAUGUACAAUGAUAAGAGCAAAUGGUCCCCAAGUAACUAACGUUGUCGCGUUAUGGCGUGAUCACGUGAUCGUUUUUUCUAAUCCUUUUCUGCUUUUUUUUUAAACUUAUAGAAAAACACUUGUUUUUAUUACUUCAACAUAUUUUAAACAUGCAUUUCGUUUUUAUAUUACCUUGUUCACAUUGUAUUUGUGUUUUGUAUUGGUUAUAUGUAUUAUGUAAAUGACGUAAUUUUGGCGCCAAAAUGUGAAUUAGCAUAUGAUUGCAAAGCCUAUAAAAGCAUUCAUGGACCAGGUUGUUGUUUAAAAAAAAAAAAAAAUUAAAAAUACAUAUAUUUUUUUUGUUUGUUUUUGUACUGCAUAUGAUGAUAACAAACAUGAAUGUGGUACCCCGACGGCAUUUUACAUGCUGAUUUCAGAACAAUAGGUACAGUGGGGAAUAAGUGGAUAAGGCAUAGUUUUUUAAAGAGUUGUAAGAUAAGCAUGGUUGUAUUAACAAGCUUGUUCUGCGUAAUUCUGAUCUGUCUAUGUCGCUUAUGCUGUAGGCAUAUAUCGUAAUUUGUUAUGUAGUAAUAGGUGCUUCCAAGGGUGUGCAGGCUUUGUAUAGUUGAGCUUAGUAGAGUAGGCCCCUUUGGGUGUCUAACAUGCCACUGACCCAUAUCGUGUAUGCCGUAUGCCUGUGUAAGUGUGAAAGAUGUGAGCUUGUUAAGAGUGUCAUAUAUGAUGCUCAGAUAUGUAAUUGUUAUGUAAAACAAGGUAUAGAGUAACUAGGCAGGCGUGCAAAGGGUGCGUGCAUGGCAUAAUAACACUAACAUCAACAGCUUAUAUUUAUAGCUUGUGUCUCAUCUUGGGUCUGGAGAGUCUGUAGUGCUCAGUAAGUCAGUACCAACGUUGGCCCAGAGUCAACCGACCCCGCACGCGGGCCACAUUGCAGAGACAGUCUUAUCACCCGGCAUGAGGCUGAAGAGGCUCCGCUGCCUCUUCCCGGCCUUCCGUGGGUGUCUCAUGUAGCAGGCGCAUGUUCUCUGUGAUGUCUCAUGUUCAGCGUUUUGGGUAUGCCAUGGUGGGGAGCGGCGGUGCGGGUUACUUGUUCUCCUGGUGAGUAUCUUGGGGUCCCGGUUUUGGAUUGUACUGAUCGGUGUGGUUGUUGGCCGUUGCCGGUUCUAUGUGGUGGUGUGGUGGUUUUAGCCAGUUUAGGCCUGACCGUCCGCCGUCCUCUCGGUCUGUCGGUCUGUCAGUCGGGCCUUACCCCUCCUGAUUCUGCGUAGGGUUGCUGCUGUUCGGCUGGGCUGUCUGUGGUGUAGUGCUGUUGGCUUCCUCAGCUGGGUGAAAAAAUCACAAUCAAAAUCUUUUUGAUUGUGAUUUUUUCACCCAGCUGAGGAUUUUGAUUGUGAUUUUUUCACCCAGCUGAGGAAGCCAAUAGUAGUUUGGCGAAACGCGUCCUGGGGAUUGUAUUACAUUGCCUUUAUGCCCAGAUUUUAAUAUUAUUGUGUAUUUAUUAUCUAUACAUUUUGUUUUAAUAGAUUCUAAUUGGCCAUUAGAAUUUUUAUACAAUAAACAUUUGUGUUAUCUAUACUGGGAUAUUGGUUCCUGCUAUUAGGUGUGUAGUCCUCAACUACACAACGUGUUGGAAAAGAGCCUAAGAGAGUGGCUCCAGAUUUGUGAGUAUAAUAUAUACAUUUUCCUACACUAUAUACGGAUUUGAAACUAUAUUGCACCAUAUAUAUCUCUGCUGGAGCCCUAGCUGCAACGGGGAAUUUGUCACUUGGAUAAAAGAAGGAGAAAGGUCGCCUUUACAGACCUGAAGGCGUAUAUCCCUGAGCUUGGUCGUAAGCUCAGUAAUAUGUGAGUGGUUCCAUAUAUAGAGUUUAUAUUGCUUUUAAUAAUUUUGUUACAGUGUUGCACUAAGAGUAUUUCAAUUUCCUUUUUAGAGUAAGAUCUAUAUACCACUCAGAAAAAUAUUGAUCGACAAGAACGACGGUUAUAAGAAUUGGACUUCAAUUUGUAUGUAGCGCUUCACCUUUCGUUAUUUUUGUUUUGUGGUUGGUGUAUAUGGAAAGAUUACACAUGGUGAUAUAGCAGCUUACAUUAUUGUUAUAUAUAUAUAUUAUAUAUUGUGGAAUUAUUUAAUUUUAGAGCGCCAGUAUAUUAUUAUUUUGUAUUUGUAUAGUGUCAGUUGUAGUCUGCACUAUUGGAGUCUUUUUGUUUUUAUGUUCACUUAUCUUAACCUGAGUCAAGACAACUCGACCAUUUGAAGACCUAUAACCGAAUCAGACUUACAUCAUAUUCAAGUUCCUGCAGGUCAACUUGACCCUCUACCUGUCUACUCAGUAUCAGCACUAUUGAAACCUGCAAAAGGGUUAAACUAAUAUUCAUAGCAUUCUCUGGUUAUGAAACCAUAAAACAUACUGAUCUUUUUUUUUAUUAUUACAUCAAGCACAAUGCUUCAGACUGCAGUUUGAAAUUCUGUAUGUGUUCUUUUCUUCCUUACAUUUUUAACGUGUUUCUCCUUCUUAUUCCUUUUAUGUUCACUGCUAGUUUCAGGCAGACCCUGUCCUUGUCCUCAUAGGUAUGUCAAUGCCCAUUUGGGAGAUACUGUACAUCUCCCAUGUGUGAUUCCCUGGAGGCCACAAGACCAUGACAAAUGGAAAGUGACUUGGGAGAGGAAAUCAGAAGCUGGUGGGAAGAUCUUCGUUCACUGUCAGGAGGGUUCCAGUGGAGAGGUCAAGCAGAAUGAAGAUUACAGUGGCAGAACGUCCUUGUCACCAAACUGGGAAGAAAAGAAGAGUGGAACUUUGGAGCUUCGGAAUGUUAAGUUGACGGAUGCUGGUCUUUACACCUUCUGGAUUACGCCGUUACCUGAAGAACCAGAUCCUUCUAGUAUGUGCUGUGAAGUCACUUUAAUAGUGGACAAUAUGGGAAUAACAAAGGAAAAAGGUGAGAAAAUCGACGGGACUUCGGUUGUCAGUGUAAAAGGGGACAGGCCAGUAAUGCAAGUCACACCACUACCACUGCCCACAGGGGUGGACCUGCCCACAAAGUGGGCUUUGGCAGGUCAGCCUUGCAUGAAUGCAGACCAGGCUGCCUGCUAUCUGCUAAGGGCAGACCAUGCAAGGAGCAAUGUUUCAGUGCUCUCUGCUUGUGUGUAGUUAUUGCAGAGUGUGCGUUUGUGUAAGGAUGUAGUGUGUGUAUAGUGACUGCAGAGUGUGUUUGUGUAAGGAUGUAGUGUGUGUAUAGUGACUGCAGAGUGUGUGUUUGUGUAAGGAUGUAGUGUGUGUAUAGUGAAUGCAGAAUGUGUCUGUUUGUGUAAGGAUGUAGUGUGUGUAGUUAUUGCAGAGUGUGCGUUUGUGUAAGGAUGUAGUGUGUGUAUAGUGACUGCAGAGUGUGUUUGUGUAAGGAUGUAGUGUGUGUAUAGUGACUGCAGAGUGUGUGUUUGUGUAAGGAUGUAGUGUGUGUAUAGUGAAUGCAGAAUGUGUCUGUUUGUGUAAGGAUGUAGUGUGUGUAGUUAUUGCAGAGUGUGCGUUUGUGUAAGGAUGUAGUGUGUGUAUAGUGACUGCAGAGUGUGUUUGUGUAAGGAUGUAGUGUGUGUAUAGUGACUGCAGAGUGUGUGUUUGUGUAAGGAUGUAGUGUGUGUAUAGUGACUGCAGAGUGUGUGUUUGUGUAAGGAUGUAGUGUGUAUAGUGACUGUAGGGUGUGUGUUUGUGUAAGGAUGUAGUGUGUGUAUAGUGAAUGCAGAAUGUGUCGUUUGUGUAAGGAUGUAGUGUGUGUGUAUAGUGAUGCAGAGUGUGUGUGUUUGUGUAAGGAUGUAGUGUGUGUAUAGUGACUGCAGAGUGUGCGUUUGUGAAAGGAUGUAGUGUGUGUAUAGUGACUGCAGAAUUGUGUUGUGUUUUAAUGACGCUCUCCUCACUACUGAUAUGGAUUUUCAGUCGGGUAUCACAUUCUGUGAACAGCUUCGGGCCUGGGCCCAGGAUAAACUAGCUGACCAAGCCACUUGUAUAAAUGAUAUUAUACAAGAUAAACUUGUACUUGAGUCUGUGGAGAAGUACCAUUCACGAUUGAAACUUUCUCUGAUCUAGGAUUCAGUGAAUACAAUAAGGAACAUACCCAAAUGUUAUCAGCUGCCUUUGUUGCGGGCCUUAAGGAAGCCAUCAGGAAAGGCUUAGUGCUUUCCCGCCCUGAAUAUAGGAUUAUUCCUCUAGACACUCCUUUUGGUUGCUAAAGGCCUAGAAUCUGCACACCAGCCACCCCAAAGGAAAAGUAAUCCCCUUUUGUUUUCCUUUUAUAGUCCUUCCAUCAGACCCACCCCAGCACCCGCAGGGUAUCCUGUGCCAGCUACACAGGUACAACACCAUACACACACACCUAGGCCUCAGACCAGGGCUUGCUUUUAUUGUAACCAAUUAGGUCAUUUCAGGAAUUUCUUGACCAUAUUGUCCACACCCCAGAGUGCCUAGACAACAACAGCCAACCACUAGACCACCUAAUCCUGUGUUCAGCUAUCCUAUGCCCCUGCAAUCACACAUGGUUGCCUCCAGCCAGGUUACCCUCCACAGGUAUAUCCUCAGGCACAUACUUCGUAUUACCCUCCUCAGGAAUAUACCCAAGCUGCCUGUCAUCUACCUCCAGCUCAUGAUCACCCUCCACACACCGCAGUGAUAAUUAUGAUACAGAUUAUUAUCAACAAGACGACCGUCCUGUACCCAGUCAACAUUGCCCUACACAGUAGACUCACAUGUCACUACACUGGCUCUGAUCAAUCUCAUCUAGACCUCAUACAAUAGGUAACUGGCAAACCUGUGUCUAACACCCCUGUCAUGGCAGUGUCUACAGGGGACAAAGGUGGGCCUCUCGCUACAGUAGUCCUACCCGUAGAGAGUCAUCCGACUUCCUUUUUAGUUGACAUAGGUGCAGCCCGCAGUGUUCUCAGAGAACAAGACCUGCCUGACUCAUCUUACCUAUCCGACACAGAUGUCUCUUGUGUAGGUGUCGAUGGUACCCCUAGAAACAACCCAUUAACUAAGCUCUUGCGGGUGGGUUCAGACAUUCUCUCAUGGUUUGUUGUCUCUUCUACUUGUCCAAUUAACCUGUUAGGUGCUGAUGUUCUGUCCCAUCUUCAAGCUUCUAUCUCCUUCACCGCUGAUGGCCAGAUUCAAUUAUUAACCCCCCUUUCUCGCAAAGAUACUUCUGUUCUUUGCUCUUUGCCCCUACUGUUACACAUGACUGCCCCCAGGUCUACAGGCCCAGAGGACAUUGGCCGCCUAAGAGUCCCACCCGUGGUUGUCACGCUACUAAGGGGAGCUAAUCCAUCACGAAGACCACAGUACCCAUUAAAGCCUGCACAAGCCCUUGCCAUCUCCAAACAAGUUGAAAGUCUGUUAGCAAAAGGUGUUCUGGUAAAGUGUGUGUCAGAGUGUAACACCCCUCUAUUUCCAGUGAAGAAAAAGAAUGAAAAAGGCCAACCUGACCAAUACCGUAUGGUUCAAGACCUCUGCGCUGUUAAUGAUGUCACCAACCGAGACACUGCUGUUGUUCCUAAUCCACAUACACUGUUGUCACAAGUCCCUCCAACAGCUAAAUUCUUCACUGUGGUUGAUCUUGCAAACGCCUUUUUCAGCGUGCCCUUGGAUCCCUCUUGCCAAUAUCUGUUUGCUUUCAUACACGAUCGCCAACAGUACACUUGGACUGUAAUGCCUCAAGGUGCACAAAAUUCCCCUACUCAAUUCGCCAAAGAUAUGUCAACUGUCUUAGAACAUUGGCAAAAGUCUCACCCUGACGUGGUCCUGCUCCACGGGAGAUUGUGGAUGAUUUACUUCUCUGUGCGGAUGAUCUUCCAACUGCUGAACAAAAUUCUGAAGAUCUCAUUUGUUUCCUCACUGAAGAAGGAUGUAAAGCCUCCAGAAUGAAACUUCAGUGGUGCCAGCCCUCUGUGGUCUUCUUGGGACAUUGCCUUUCUCAUGGCACUGUCACCUAACAGAGAACAGAGUACUUGCUAUUACAAAUCUCUCUCUCCCAUCUACUCAUCAAGCUCUUCAUGUCUUCUUGGGCCUCAUCACAUAUUGCAGGUCUUGGAUACCUGAGGCUUCUCAGCUCAUGCAACCUCUCUAUGAUGCCUUGAAGACAGAACCAUUUUCAUUGUCUUUAACAGCUCACUCCUGCUACUAUGCCCUUCAAAGGGCCAUCUCCUCUGCCCCAGCUUUGGGCCUACCUAACUAUCAGCAACCAUUCAAACUUUUUGUCUCUGAAAAGAUGGGCCAUGCUUCAGGGGUCCUUACACAAUCACAUGGUUCCCGUCAACGCCCUAUUGGUUAUUUUUCAUGCAUGCUGGACCCUGUGGCUUGAGGCGGUCCUUCUUGUUUACGUGUUGUUUUUGCUGCCAGUGCUCUGCUGGACAAAACUAAUGACUUUGUUCUUGGACAUAAACUCACUGUCCUUGCUCCCCAUGAUAUCACGGCCAUCCUGAAUCAAGUCCAACCGAAACAUCUCUCCUCCCAGAGACACCUCCGCCUUCAAACCUCCCUUAUCUUGCCUGAUAACGUCACUCUACAAAGAUGUAACUCUUUGAACCCGGCCACUCUUCUACCACUUCCCAAGGGGGGAGUACCAUAAUACUGGUACAGUCUGGACAUAAAUCCUGAUGUUCAUAUGGAACUUCAAGUGAAAAAGCCCCUGGUUCCACAUGAUGAACAUCCUGAGGGCUACUUACAUUCCACCCUGUGGUUCAGGAAUACCCCAGGUCCUGACCCAUGCUAUGAAGAAUAAUUAUUCAGCCUGGUGGAAAUAUGCAUCACCCUGACAGACCUGUUCUGUGACUCCAGAGGAAAUAUUGUUAUCUUGGUCUACCUGCCCAUGGAGGUAUCACAUUUAUACCACCACUGGGAGGUGGCAAUUCCUCAUAUCUCUUUCACCAAAUCUCCAAAUCUCUCAUGGAAAGAACUCGGCCCAAUGGCCAAAACAUGGAGUACCGCAAAUCAAGAACAGCUCACAUUGAUGGGGGUCACUAAAAGGACCAUAAAUUGCAAAACAGUCGGUUACCCUUGAUAUCACACAGAGAUAUGUGAAGACAUCCCUCCUACAGAACAGGACCCGGAUGCCCCUCAUGACUGUUUUGAACAGAUGAAAAUGGAGACAACCCAUCUCCCAACGGUGCACGAGGCUGCUCUGCCAGAUCCUGACUUCACCCUGUUUGUGGAUGGUUCUUGAUUUGCCGACGUACAGGGACAAUAUCAUACCGGAUAUGCUGUCACUACAGAAGACCGAGUACUCCAAGCAUCUUCACUUCCAUCAUUUAAGUCAGCACAAGAAGCCAAACUAAUAGCCCUUACAGCAGCAUGUAAGAUGUCUGAAGGGAAAUGUGUUAAUAUCUAUACAGACUCAAGGUAUGCCCUGGGCGUAGCACAUGAUUUUGGCUUAAUCUGGAAAAGAAGGGGGUUUCUUACAGCAACAGGUACUCCGGUGAAACAUGGCGCAGCUAUCAACGAAUUAAUGGAUGCCUUACUGCUCCCUGAAGAGCUGGCCAUAUUGAAGGUAAAGUCCCACGGGAGAUUGAAUUCCGAAGAAGCAUGUGGCAAUUACUUAGCCGAUCAGGCUGCUAAAGAUGUGGCACGCCAGUGUCGAGAAGUGGACAGAAGAGUGCCCGUUGAACAGACUCCUAUUUACACUAUGCAAACCCUAACUACCGAUCUCAAGUUCCUAAGAGAACAACGGCCGCUGCCACCCCUCAGGAAAAACAAAGUUGGAACGAUAAAGGGGCAAUCCUACAGAAUAAAGUGUACACAAUCAACCUCAAAUUCUGUCUACCCAAGAAUAUGUACCCAGCUGUCGUUCAGUGGGCCCAUUUAUCCAAGCACCUCAUGAACUCCCUGAUUGAUAAAUAUUUUGAGGCACCUUGAAUCACUACUUUGACAAGAAAUUACUGCAGAUCCUGUACUAUCUGCAUCAGAUGUAAUCCGGGAAAAAUAAUUAAAGCUGCACCAAACCAUUUGGCCAAGCCACAGUACCCUUUCCAAGGGAUCCAAAUUGAUCAUAUCCAAAUGCCAAAAAGUGGCUGGUAUGAAUAUGCACUGGUCAUAGUGGAUAUGUUUUCAGGAUGGCCAGAAGCUUUCCUGUCACUAAUCCCACUGCUAAGACCACAGCAAAGCGCCUACUUACUGAAAUCAUCCUGAGGUGAUUGAAAGUGACCAGGGAACAUCCUUCACCGGGUUGCUAACCAAGGAAAUCUGGGCAGCACUAGGGGUGACCCUUGCAUUCCACACACCCUAUCACCCACAGAGUAGUGGUAAGAUAGAAUGCAUGAAUGGCACCUUGAAAGCCAGAAUGCUUAAGAUGGCCCAAGAAACUAACCUACCCUGGCCGGAAAGUCUUCCCAUAGCACUAUUUAGGGAGAUUUAGCUUAUCCCCCUACGAGAUUUUAUUUGGUACAGCACCCAGGUUAGGCUGUUAUUUUCCUCAACAACUUCAAAUUCAGUCAGAUGCAAUGGUAGAUUAUAUAACUGCACUCUCUCAUGCCUUGACCAAAAUCCAUGCACAGGUGUUUUCUUCUAUUCCAGAUCCAGAAUCAAACACAGGCACACAUAAACUUCUUCCUGAUUAUGGUCAAGAAAUUCCUGAGAAAGCACACUCUUGAGCCAAGGUUUGACGGUCCAUUCCAAGUCCUAUUGACCACGUCUACCUCGGUAAAAUUGGCUGGGAAGAAUACGUGGAUACAUGCCUCGCACUGUAAGAAAGUUCCUGAUCCAGAGGAAGCAGAUCCUGCUAAACUAUGAGCUUCCUGUGUCUAUUUCUGUUGCUAGGCCUAUUAAAGGCCCAACAAGUUGCUAUCACCAAAGAUAAUCGUGUUUACACAUUCUGGUAUAACUCUUCAAAAACACAUGUAGCUACUUUUACCUUUGAUUACUGUGAUAUUGUUCCUUGUACUUUUCCACAACACUCAGCAAUAUACAAAGACAUACCCAGUAGAAAGGACCCAUACAUUUGUGUGACAGGUGACCAUUGGGGACAUCACUGUAGUACCUGGAGAGCAGCGGGAUGGAACACAGGCCGACCAUGGGCUUCAGACCACAAAGCGCCUUGGAUAGGGUGGACAGACAUGGGAAACCCUUAUUACACAGAAUGACCUUAUGUAUGCCAACAGGGUCUACCCCAAUGAAACUCAAUUUAAACAUAGAACAUCCCAGCCCAGGUGAUACUGGAGAGUACAUAAUGGGGAUGUACUGGAGAGGGGGUGGCUCAUAUAACAAGUUGGGGACCUUCUAUUUACAUGACAUGCAUACAUCACCUGACUGACUAGACUCUACACACAGGACCACUAACCCUCUAAAACCACACAUUAAAACUCUUAAGGACAUGGUGGAAAUUGCCAAUCCUACAUUCGAGGACACUAUGGCUGUGGAGACCGAUUUUUCAGAUACCAACCUAUGGCUUGAGUGGAUGAGGUAUAAUGCUAAUUCACACAAUAAAACUAACUGUUAUGUCUGUGGCGGGGCCAGACCCCAUCUGGGUACAGUGCCUUUUAAUCUACCCCCCGAUGUUGAGAUGUGUUUUCUAAGCCUCUAUGUACAAUCAGCCACAAACUCAUCAGUAUGAGAAUCAUGGAAAAAGGUAUAUCCAAUAACUCAAGGGAAUCUCAGGCCACCUGAUAGAAUCACCGUGUAUCCAGGUAAUUACACUUGCUACACUAUACAAGGAACCACGGGUAAAUUUGUGGGUAGUUUUCCUCCCGGCUACUGUGCCACCUAUCAGAAACCUCCCACUACCUUAUUGGUAAAUCAAGUCAAGUCCUUGGGAGACAUUUAUUGGCUAUGUGGAGAUAUGCAACUCAGGUCUAAAAUGACUGGCCUGUGGUGGGGAGAACGCACUCUGACCAAUGCCAUCAUGCCUAUACAUAUAAUUUCUGAUAGCCACCAAGGCCCACUUGAUUCCCCACACACGUACUUCAGGAUAAAAAGAGAAACCCCUAUUUAAGGUAGUUUCGAUCCAGGGCCGGAUUGGGGAUACAAAGCAGCCCUGGACAAAAAAUUUGUGCCAGCCUCAUAAGUCACUGCGCCACAUAUUGUCUAUGUCUUGCCAGGACAGAUGAUUGAGUAAUAUAUAUAUAUAUUGCUUUUUCUAAUAUAAAAUAUUGGUCCUUUCAGCGUAAAACGUUUAAUUAUACAGUAAGCAUACUCACAUGCAGACACAGGCAAUUUCACUGACAUCUCAAUGACACACACAAGCUCAUUGAUACACAGCCUCAUGGACAAACAAUCUUACUGAUAUACAUCAGCUCAUUGACAUAAAAACACAAGCUCACUCACUAGCAGGCACACGCAUGCAAGCAAGCUCACUCACUAGCAGGCACACGCAUGCAGGCAAGCUCACUCACUAGCAGACGCACACACACAGCUUAAUGUAGUGGUACUGGUGUCUAUAGCAUGUCCCUACAGGCUUUUCAAUGUAAACACUGACUUUUCAGAGAAAAGGCAGUGUUUACAUUGCUUUAAAGUGACACUGCUAGUGACAGUCACUCAGACGGUCACUAGAGGUGCUUCCUGUGUUAGUGCACCUACAUUCAGGGCCUCCACACUCUGUAGGUGCUGAACAUUCCCCAUAGAGAUACAUUGAUUCAAUGCAUCUCUAUGAGGAGGUGCUGAUUGGAGUGGCGUUUUGCAGCCAAUCCUAUGGCAAAGCAUUGGAUUGGCUGAGAUCAUCAAGCUUGAUGAUCUCAGCUAUAGAGGCAGGGCCAAUCGAGGGGAGACCAGCACGCUGCAUGGGGAAAAAAAAGGUGAGCAAAAACACUAUUUUUAAACACACAUAUAUACCAUGACAGACACAGAAACACACAUAUACCAUGACAGAUACACACCCCAUGACAGACACACACACACCAUGACAGACCAUGACACAGACAGACCCCCCCCCACACACACACACACACCAUGACACAGACAGACACACACACCAUGACACAGACAGGCACACACACUGUGACAGAUCCAUCUUUAUAGACUGGGAUUGCUGGUUCGUCUAUUUUGCCUUUUCGUGGAAUUACCCGUUCGUAUGCCCCUGUUCAGUGAAUUGACUUUUCCACUGAACAAAACUACCGAACGGACGGCCACCCAGAAGAGAAGUGUGCUGCUGGUUAGAAUGUUGUGGUUAACCACAGACACUUCUCAAUUAAAAGCGAAUACAGGGUGGUCGUCGCUCGUAUGUCGACCACGAGGCAGCGGCCAUUUUAAACCAUGCGAAAGACCAGCGGUGUUCGGCAUGGAUUUCAUGGAACUGAAAACGGACACUUUUUCUGCCGAACACCGCUGAAGCCGCCGACCUCCCUUCUCAAUCGACAGAAGUAUACGAACACCGGCCGUUCGGGAGUUUUAUACGCACGAAUGGACUUACCCCAGAUAGCCUUCCCAUGGAGUCAAUCGCAUACCGAAAGACUGUAAUAGACUUUGACUCCAUGGCGAUUGAACUAUGCGUAUGGGAUCUGAGCGCUAUUCGCCAAUAAUAUGCACUCAGAUCCAGGCUAUCGGGGGAUACGUGAUACGAAUGGGUAACAUUCGACAAAUGUAAAGUUAUAUAUUUUUAUAUGUUUUUCUGUGUUGAAUUUAAAAUGGCGAUUUGCCUCUGUCCUGGAGAUAAUUGAAUUACUUCUCAAUUAUCUCGAGGGCAGAAGGGAGGAAAUACUAAUGCAUGCUGGGAAUAUUCUGUGUCUGUGGGUCCUAACCUGCCAUAUGUCUGUCUAUUGUUACAGUCUCCCAUUUGGUCCCCUAGGGAGACCAAGUGGGAGACCUGCAUAAAUACGGGCAGGUAGCCCACAGUAAAGCCAGUUCAUGUUUUACCCUCAAUGCGGAGCUUGGUCUCGUUAUUGGGGGGAUUUAUUACCAACGACUAGAGACUGCCGGAUGAGAUUAUUAGCCGCUGGGGAGAUAUAUGCGUUCGGCUACUAUUGGCGAUUCGUGAGUUUGGAGCUCGUGAAGUGAAGUGCCCGUACGGAUCCCGUUCGUGAGUUUACAGCGUUCCCCUGCUUGCGGUUCGUAUGAUUGUACUUGAUACGCAUAUAGCCUAUGUUAUUGCGAGAGGGGAGGAUUUUCUAAACAGCGGUUUGUGCAUCUGAUGCUGAGGGUACCGUAACACACACCAUGGCACAGACACACACACACACCCCAUGACGGAGGGACAGACACACAUCCCAUGACGGACGCACAGACACACACCCCAUGAAGCAUGGACAGACACAUACACACCCCAUGACGGACAGACACACACACCAUGACACAGACAGACAUACACCCCCAUGACAGACAGACACACCCCAUGACGGACAGACACACACACACCCCAUGAUGGACAGACACACCCCAUGACGGACAGACACACAACCAAUGACGGACAGACAUACACACCAUGACGGACAGACACACACACACACCAUGACACAGACAGACACACACCAUACAGACAGACACCAUGACACACACACACGCACACACCAUACAGACAGACAGACACACACCAUACAGACACCAUGACACAGACAGACACACACACACACACCAUACAGACAGACACCAUGACACAGACAGACACACACCAUACAGACAGACACCAUGACACACACACACGCACACACACACACACCAUAACAGACAGACACACACCCCAUGACAGACAGACACACACCCCAUGACGGACAGACAGACACACACACCAUGAUGGACGGACACACACACCCCAUGAUGGACAGACACACACCCCAUGACGGACAGACAGACACACACCCCAUGAUGGACAGACACACACACCAUGACGGACAGACACACACACACACCAUGACACAGACAGACACACACACCAUACAGACAGACACCAUGACACAGACAGACACACACCAUACAGACAGACACCAUGAUACACACACACACACCAUACAGACAGACACACACACACACACACACACACACACCAUACAGACACCAUGACACAGACAGACAGACACACACACACAUCAUAACAGACAGACAAACUCACACUGACACAUUACUAAUACCUGCCAGGGGGAGGUCUUCUGGCGGCCGCUGGGGAGGUCUGCUGGCGGCCGCCGGGGAGGUCUGCUGACGGCCGCUGGGGGACUUGUACUGGCGGCCGGAGGGGGAGCUGGGCUGGCUCUGCUCUCCUGCCCUUGCGCGCUGCUGAAUGAGACCGGCGCCGAAAUAUGACAUCAUAUUCCGGCACCGAUCUCAUUCAGCUGCGCGCUGGGGAGCAGAGCCAGCGCAGCUUCCCCCAGCGGCCGCCAGUACAAGUCCCCCAGCGGCCGCCAGAAGACCUCCCCGGCGGCCGCCAGCAGACCCAGGUGUCUGCCCGGCCCCAGGUGCCGACGGCCCACCGGGAAAUUUCCCGGUAUCCCUGUGGGCCAGUCCGGCCCUGUAUAUAUCGAUGCCAUAGGUGUACCAAGGGGGGUACCAAACGAGUUCAAGGCCAGCGAUGAGGUUGCGGCAGGUUUCGAAUCCUUGAUCCCACUCAUCACUGCUAACAAGAAUAUUAACUGGAUUAAUUAUAAUCAGCAAAAUUUUGUCAAUUAUACUAGAGAUGCCCUUCAAGGCUUUGCAGAACAAUUGCAGGCUACCUCCCAAAUGACAUUCCAGAAUCGAAUGGCCUUAGACAUGAUCCUAGCAGAAAAGGGGUGUGUGUGUAAAAUACUCCCCGACACUAUGACAUGCUGUACCUUCAUUCCAGAUAAUACAGGCCCCAAUGGUAAAGUAACCAUGGCCAUAGAGAAAUUAGAAAGUCUCUCUGACGAAUUAACAAAAGAACUCAGGGGUCUCCAAUUCAUGGGACAGAUGGUUGGGAUGGAUGAGUGGAUGACAGAGAGUUCUCUUUCAAGUAGGUAUGGCAGUUCUUACAGUAGUGAUUCUCUUCCUGGUUUGCUGCUUGAAGCCCUGGGUGCAAAGAUACUUAUAAAAGACUGUAGAUCAGACCAUUGACCACACCACACCUACAUUCCUACAUCAAGAUAUUGACAAUAUAGACUGUGACACCCCGCACACACCUCUUCAGUCCCACAACCUCCAAAGGACAAUUACUUAUUUAUAGGGACAGCAUAGGGACAGCGUCUGUCUCCAUGGGUAGGAGUCUGACGCGGGAGAUGUAGUGGGUUAGCCACUACGGGAUACCCGCGUAGUGAAGCGUUCAAGGCUUGUUCAGACAGUUAAGCUGCAGCCAAGUAGGGACAUUGUUAGGGUUAGUUAGUAGUUGUCUCUUUAGUAAAUAGUCAUUUUAAGGGGGGACUGUUGUGGACAAAAAUAUUAACCCAAUUCAUAUUAAUAAAAUGCCUAUCUAUUAAGCAUAACCACAAUCAGCAUUAUUCAACCUUAUAUGUGAUUUACCUAAAAUGGUCGCUAGGGAUUUUGCCUUUGACAUCGACUAACACCCUCAUUAGCAAGAUGGCGCUGGAAUCUGGGGGAGACCUCCAAGAUACCAGUGACAUCACACCCGGUAGGAAGAGCACUAAAUGAACCACUUAACACCUAACCAAUUAUUGAUGUAUUAUUCCAUGUUAUUUCUGACAAUGCAUAUGAUGUAACUUUGCUUUAUAAGGGGUUUGCCGUCCCCCCAGAAUAAACAUUCCUCAAGUUUUUAAUUAACUUGAAACCUGUGUCUGGUGUGAAUUACCUCAGGAGCGUGCACGCAUCUUUUUAAAUUUGGCAAGGGGCAGAAACGCAAGAUUAAUCAAUUAAUUGAUUGAUUUCACAUCAGGUGUAUUAAAUGUGUGUGUUAUAAGUGUAUUGGUUGCAUGUGAUAUUUGUGCUGGGUUUAUUGGCUGUGUGUGAUGGGUAGUUAAUUCAGAUAAAAAUAUGCAUUUAAGCAUGUGUGCAUGCAGGUGUAUAUUUUUUGCAGAGUUAUGUGCACACAGUCCCACAGUCAGAUGCACAGUUAUACAUAUACACAUGUCAAAUACACCACAUGCACACAGUCACAGAAACACACAGGGACAGGCAGUAACACACAUACACAGUUACAGGCAGAUAAACACACACACACACAAUUACAGGAAGACAGACAGACACACACAGCCACACAUACAGUCUGACUUACACACACAUACUUACAGGCAGACAACCAUACACACAGCCACACACAGGCAAGCAGUCACACACACACAGAUAGCCACACACAAACAUACAGGCAAACAACCAGACACACACAGAGGCAGACAGCCACACACACACACAAACACACACACACACACACAGGCAGACAUAGAAACAUAGAAUGUGACGACAGAUAAGAACCAUUCGGCCCAUCUAGUCUGCCGAGACAGUCACACCUAGGCAGUCCCACACACACACACACACACACACACACACAGAGGCUUAUUGUCUCACACACAGGCAGACCAUCAUACACACGGACACAGUCAGACAGUCACACACACACACAGACAGUCACAUAGACACACACAGUCAGACAGCCAAACACACAGACAGUCACACAAACAGGCAGACAGUCACACACACACACACACAGGCAGACAGCUACACACACACACACACACACACACAUGCAGACAGUCACAUAGGCAGACAGUCACACACAGAGUCUCACACACAGGCAGACAGUCACCCACACACACAGGCAGACAGUCACACACACACAGGCAGACAGUCACAUAGACACACAGUUAGACAGUCAAACACACAGACAGUCACACACACACACACACACAGACAGACAGUUAUAUACACACACACACACACACACACCCACAGCCAGACAGUCACAUAGACACACACACACAGUCAGACAAUCACACAUAGUUACCUCUGUUCCUUAUGGAGGUGGAAGUAGUGCAGCUCCUGGAGACUGGUUUUUGGGGGAAGCAGGGACUCCUUCCUGCUUCCCCUGCAGCAGUUACCUGAAACUUUUAGCUCCACACCCACCACACGGUAAGCUCCACCCCGCCACAUGUAAGCUCCGCCCCACACCGCAAUAUAUAUUUUUUUAUCCCGGCCGGCCAUGUGCGAGUGCCCCCUGCUCCCAUGGCUCCCUGUGUGGCCGCACAGCUCACGCACCCCUAAGGCCGGCCCUGCACGUAAUCGCACAAGCAGCCUCCAAACACAUGGACAAUACACUUUCCUGGCCCCUUUGUCCUCUGCUGGGUCUGCGCAUGGGCUGCCUUUGAAGAGCACUCAACCAACAAGCUCACUUUGAGAGGGGGAAUGCUUGUCAUUGGUAAAGACAAACCCCGCCUGCUCCUCCCUCUUUGGUCCCGGCCCCUUCUCACUGGGUCAUUUUAAUAAAAAAAUGCCCUGGCCAAAUUUUUUUCCCAGUCCGUUCCUGGUAUUAGGUCUGGAUUAGUCUCUUUAACUGUCUUAGCAGACAGUGAGAGAUAAGUUGACAGAUAAGCGAACAGAGACAGGAGACAAGACAUGUUACUCUAAAGGUAUGUUUUGUGAGUAUUGUGAGUGGACACUAGACAGGGCAGGCAGAGUGGGGCAAAAUAUGUAAAAAAUAUACAAAAGCUGAUUAGACCAAAACCUAUAAAAUGCAUAAACAUUGACCCUUUAAAGAAAACCAGAUUACGUGAUUCCCAUUAAUUCAUGAUGGCGGUAAAGCCUUUCUUAUUAAACUUUGUUUUUGUCUGUUUCCACAGGUUGUUGCUGUAAGUGCGCUCUACCAUGCAAGGAAACACAUGUUGGACACACUGAAUAUGCUCUAUCUUUUAGCAAAUAG